CGCAACUUUCUCAAGAACGAACCAACCAACGAACGAACCCACGAAACGGUCUACACAACACAACACAACAGAAACAGCACACGAUGCCACGCCACUUCAUUACACCUCGCGUCCUCCCGCGUCUUGCGCGCCCCCUGUCCACCACCGCCCGCACGUCCGCCGUGUUCAACCUCCGCGACCGCCCCUCGCCACCACGCCUGCCAGCAGCAGAGCAAGAAGAAUACGAGCGGCUUCAGAAGGAGUCGACGGGAGCAUUCCAGACCUCACACACAGUCAAGGCCGAUGAGGUGGAUAUCAGCGAGAGCGAGCUGCAUAAGGAUUUGCGACGGGGCGCGAAGCCAGAGUUCGAGGGAGACAAGAAUCCGGUCACCGGCGAAGUCGGCGGGCCGAAAAAUGAUCCGCUGAGGCAUGGGGAGUGGACGUAUAAUGGACGGGCUACGGAUUUCUAGCUGGGGAGAUA